AAAAAACCCAAAAUUACUCGUCCUACCGAUCUAUUUCGUGUAUUAGAAAUUCCACAAAAGGAUCAUGGGAUGCCAACAAAAAUAUCCACUAAUAGGUACGUGCCGUAUACCACCAAAUAUCGUGGCAAAACAUAUAUCUACGUGGAGGACACAGGUGACGACACAUAUAUUGGUAAUAUAUCGUCGAGUGAUGUGACCACUACAUCUUCCGAUAGUGAGGUUGACGAAAUGGAUAUCAAUGAUAUAUAUGGAUAUAGUGGUCCAAAACAUAAAACACUAAUAGAUGUGGUACUAAAACCAACUAAAAGUGGUAAUAUAACAAUUAGUGGUGACACACCAAAUAGUGGUAUUAUACCACGUAUACCAAGUGACAUACCUACCGAUAAACUUACAGAUAAUGAAUGGAAUGAACUAAAAGAUGAUUUUAUAUCUAACAUGUUACAAACAGAACAUAACGAUGUAGUUGAAAAUAGUGGAAAUACUUUUAUUGACCCACAACCUAAUAUUUUAGACACUAAUCAUUAUGAAAAACCUUUUAUUACUCAAAUCCAAGAUCGAAAAUUAUAUAGUGAUAACGAGGUUACUUAUAACAUAAAUUGGAAUGUUCCGGAAAAUACACAGAUAUAUACUAUGGAUAUUCCGAAAUACAAUAGUUUAUAUAGUGGUUCAGAUCUAAUUAAUGAUUCAUUAAAUAGUGGUAAUGAUAUUUAUGAUGAGUUGCUCAAAAGAAAAGAAAACGAAUUAUUUGGAACUAAACAUACGAAAAAUACAUCGACAAAUAGUGAUCCUAUAAGUAAUCAAAUAGAUUUGUUUCAUAAAUGGCUAGAUAGACAUAGAUAUAUGUGCGAAAAAUGGAAUAAUAAAGAGGAAAUGUUAAGUAAAUUGUAUGAUGAAUGGAAUAAAUCAAAUAACGAACAUGUAUUAUAUAUACCCUCGAAUGACAAUGCUGAUGAUAUUAAUACAAUUAAUGAUGAAAAUUAUAAUAUGAUUAAUGCAAACAAACAUGAACGUAAUCACAAAACAUCUCUUGAACAUCUUGGAUCUACAAAUAUUCCUCCUAAUGAUCUUACAACGCAAAAUAAUGGUUCUCAAGAAAAGAAUUAA